GUGCUAAAAUUGAUCAAAAUGCAGUUCUUACGACAAAUUUUACCCUUUCUUCCACUUCUUCUUGGACUAAGUGAAGUUCUGUGUGAUUCUUGGACUGAUUUCACCUCCCUUCGUCGUGAACCUCCGCCACCAGCGCCUCAAACUAGUAGAAAGAGUGUCAUUGAAGGAUGGAUUGAGCAGAAACUGGACCAUUUCAACGACAGCAACAAUGCCACGUAUAAGAUGAGAUUCUUGGCCAACAAUCAAUUCUACAAGCCAGGAGGACCAAUUUUCAUCUUCGUGGGCGGAGAAUGGAGCAUUUCUCCAGGCUGGGUCAGCGGCGGUCACAUGUACGACAUGGCGAAGGAGUUGAACGGCUAUCUUUUCUACACUGAACACAGAUUUUACGGUCAAAGUCAUCCAACUUCUGAUUUAUCAUUCGAGAAUCUUCAAUAUCUCAACGUGAAUCAAGCCUUGGCGGAUCUGGCGCACUUCAUCCGCGUGAAGAAGCAGGAAAUUCCCGGAGCCUCGAGUUCAGGAGUGAUUCUCGUCGGCGCUUCUUAUUCAGCCACGAUGGUGACUUGGUUCAGACAGAAAUACCCCGAAUUAGCCAACGGCGCCUGGUCUUCAAGCGCGCCUUUGUUGGCCAAAACUGACUUCGUCGAGUACUACGAAACCGUGGGAGAGUCGAUAAAAUUCGUCGGUGGAGAAAAUUGCUACAAUCGCAUUGAAAAAGCUUUCGCCGAAAUGGAACGCUUAGUGGAAAUUGGCGACUUUGAAACUCUCUCAGAAAAAUUGAACUUGUGCAACAAAAACCAGAGAAAUCAACUCGACCUUUGGUAUCUCUUCAAGAGCCUUUCCGGUUCAUUAGCCGGAACAGUUCAAUAUCACAAAGAAGGAACCAUUGAGAGAACUUGCGAAAUUAUCAUGGACGACGAGAAUGACAUCGAUGGCUUUGCCAAGUAUGUCAAAUCUGUGAUGAAUGGAUGCUUGACUACAAACUUCAAUACCUUUGUUGAGCGCUAUCGUAACACUUCAUGGGAUUCUGAAGUUGGAGAAGGCAAUCGUCAGUGGCUUUUCCAGACUUGCAACGAAUUUGGCUGGUAUCAAACUUCAGGAUCCGCAAAUCAACCUUUCGGCUCAAAUUUCCCUGUGGAACUCAGUUAUCAAGCGUGCCAGAGUAUUUUCAGCGAAUCCUUCACCAAAGAAACCAUUGACAACAACGUUAACACGACGAAUCUCCAUCACAACGGCAUGAAACCCAACAUAACGAACGUGUAUUCGACGCACGGACAUUUGGAUCCUUGGAAAAGAAUGGGCGUUCAAACCGACGUCAAUGCAGAAUCUCCAGCAUUCGUCAUUCCAUUGGCUUCGCAUUGCGCAGAUUUGCACUCCGUCAGCAAGGACGACAGCACUGAGAUGUUGGAGACCAAAAAGAGAACAACGACACUCGUCAAACAAUGGCUGGACAUCAAUUCUACGCUGCCAAAGAUCUUCUAAUUCACUAAGAAGGUGUUAAUUAUGAAUUGAUAUGAAUAAAUAGAAAAUGAUGAUAAUCUCUCGGCUUUUUCCACAAUUCACGUCCAAAGACGUAAGAGCCUUCAGGCUGAUAACAGAGCGAGAUAAAGUGAGUAUAAAUACCAGAUCGAU